GUGAAGUUAAGAAAGUAGUCCAAAAACAAAUCCUCCAAUAAUUCGAGUAUACUUUUGGUUUCAUUCUCUCUCUGUCUCUCUCCUUUUUCCAUAGCGCUUUUACUCCCCCACAUGCCCAUCGUAUGAACAACUCUUUUUGCUGCGAUUAACAAAGACGUCAAUCAGUUGGGAAACUUAUUAACCAUCUUCACAUGUUCUUCUUCUUCUUCUUCUUCUUCUAAAUACCCACUUUCAUUAUCCCCUUAAAUCUUCCAUUUUCUUCAUCCAAAUCUUCACGAACACCAAAAAGACAGAGCCCCUUUUGAUCUUUAUCUCUGUUAUGGAGCUUCUGAGUUUCUUCUUCUUGUGUUCUUUUUUGUAUUUUCUCUUCACCAUUUGGAAGCAUUUUGAUGAUAGACGAGAUCAAGAAUGCUACAUAUUGAAUUACCAAUGUUACAAGCCAACCGACGACAGAAAAUUGAGUACAGAAUUCUGUGGUGAAAUCAUUAAAAGGACGAAAAAUCUGGGUCUCAACGAGUAUAAAUUUCUCCUUAAAGCUGUUGUUAGCUCUGGUAUCGGUGAAGAAACCUACGGCCCGAGAAUUAUGUUCGCUGGACGGGAAGAUGCUCCGACUCUUGAUGAUGGGAUCUCGGAGAUGGAUGAGUUUUUUCAUGACAGUAUUCAAAAGAUCUUCCAGAAAUCAGGAUUUUCCCCUUUGGAUAUCGAUGUUUUGGUUGUUAAUGUCUCAAUGUUAGCGACGAUUCCAUCGCUCUCUGCUAGAAUCAUCAAUUACUACAAACUCCGUCCUGAUGUUAAGGUGUUUAAUCUCACCGGAAUGGGUUGCAGUGCGAGUUUGAUUUCAAUCGACGUCGUUGCCAGAGUAUUCAAGUCGCAUAAAAACGUCAACGCUCUUGUUAUAACCUCCGAAUCGUUAAGCCCAAAUUGGUAUUCCGGUAACGACAAAUCGAUGAUUUUAUCCAAUUGCUUGUUCCGAUCUGGUGGGUGUGCGAUUCUUCUUACAAACAAAAGGGAGUUGAAAAACAGAGCUAUGUUCAAACUCAAAUGCUUGAUCCGAACUCACCAUGGCGCCAGAGACGAAUCCUACGGUUGUUGUAUUCAAACAGAGGAUGAUAAAGGUUACAUGGGUUUUCACUUGGGGAAAAACCUCCCUAAAGCUGCAACCAGAGCUUUUGUCGACAAUCUACGAGAAAUCGCACCGAGGAUUUUACCGGCGAGAGAGCUACUCCAGUUUUUUAUUCUGAGUUUAGUGAAAAAACUGAACAGAAAUCAAAAACAGGGGACUGGGGCGAAAACCAGUGCCGUGAAUUUCAAAACAGGGGUGGAUCAUUUCUGUAUCCACACCGGCGGAAAGGCGGUGAUCGACGGGAUCGGGCUGAGUUUAGGGCUGGAGAAGUACGAUUUAGAGCCGGCGAGAAUGACAUUACACCGAUUUGGGAAUACAUCGGCGAGUAGUUUGUGGUAUGUAUUGGCAUACAUGGAAGCAAAACAGAGGUUGAAGAAAGGGGGAAGGAUAUUGAUGAUAAGCUUUGGAGCUGGAUUUAAAUGCAAUAGCUGUUUAUGGGAGGUGGUAAGAGAUUUGGAAGAUGGAAAUGUUUGGGAAGAUUGUAUUCAACAUUAUCCACCAGAAUCUAUUUCAAAUCCAUUUUUAGAAAAAUAUGGAUGGAUUCAACAGGAAGAUAUAGCAACUUUUAAACUCCCCGAGUAAUCUUCAAAAACAGAGCCCAGAAGAAGAAGAAGAAGAAGAAGAUAGAUUGUUUUUUGUUUUUUGUUUUUUUUAAAUAGAGUAAUUAAUUAAUAUAUAUAUAUAUUUUUUUUUUGGAAUUUGGUCAAUUCCUUCCCAUUUAAUAUUGUGUUUGAAUAUGUAAUUUGUGUAUUUACUGUAUUAGUGUUGUUGAUUUGAAUUGUUUCAUAAAGGAAUAAGUUUUUCCUAACCAAAACAUCCCCAGAAUGUGAAUUAUUUAUCAAA